AUGGCAGCAGUACUGCCCGUAGAAGAUGCGAAGUCAGUGGACGUGCAGCUGAUUCGACAUCGAAUGCUGAAAGGUCUGCCGCCCCAAGAUGUACAUGAAUAUUUAUGGAGAGUGAGACUUGAAGCAGAAACAAUACCGGAUGUUGUAGUGGCUUUAGACGUCGAUCCAAGGCAAUUUGAUUCCCAACAGACCAGCAACAUGCCAAAGUUGCAAACGUUUGGUAGUGAUGAAAUGGUCCAAAAUUGUCGUCCAAACAAAGAGUGGAGAGCAGAAUUGCUGGCUAAUUUUGCAGAGUUAAGGCAGUUAAUUGCACGGUGGGAAGCCAUUGGGCCGCCUGAUGCGGAGGAUUCAAAUAGUGAUAUCCCCACUGAAACAUUACGUACGAAUGUCCCCAAGAUGAAGGACGAAGAAGGAUGGAUCAAUUUUUUUUUCGGCAAAGAAGAUGAGUCGUUGGCUACUCCGCCACACUUGCGCCUAUUGCUGAAAUUUGAUCAAGUGCUGACGAGAAGACUUCUCGACUAUCAUGCCGCAUGGCUUUGUGAGGGUGUAACUUUGCUUACUAAAGCACGAGCUGUAUGGAUAUAUGCAUUACUCGCUAGGCUAGAUAAGCCCGUUCAUUCGAAUGUAGCAGCAGUAAUUCGACAAAUUCUACGACGCUGUUGGACACUGAGGUGCGAGCUGGAACCACAGUCAGAGGCCCAAAUUAAACUGCUAAACAUUCUUAUCGUCAUAACUGGAGAUUAUUUUGGGCAAUUGCAUAACGCGGAGUGA